AUGACAUCACCGUCUGUCAGCAACGAGAAAGCGAAAGCGCAAAGUCGCUGGAAAUUAUGGACGAGCUGCUCGAUAGUGCUUGCAAUUGUGGUUCUCUUGUUUGGGAUUCUUCUAAAAACAAGUAUAAUUUCGAGUGUGAUUCAUUCCCAAAUUAUCGAGAAUUCACGAUUGGUCGAAGGAAGUCGCUUAUGGAAAAAAUGGUUGAAUCCCCAGUACAAGAUUGAUUUUAACGUAUGGGUGCAUUCUGUGAAAAACCCGGACGAAAUUCUUAAUGGUGACAUUCCAAGGGUUACAACGACUGGACCUUAUGUAUUCAACAAAAAGAUUGAAAAUAAAAUUUUAUCGCAUGAAAACGGGACAAUCACAUUCAAGAGAUUCGAAUACAAAUUUUUUAAUCAAACGGCCUCAUGUGUCACAUGUAUUUUGGCGAAUCGCAAAUUUGUGGAAGCAGCAUCAACAACUGGAAUGCGAGCAGCUGCCACAACACUUCUCACACAAACCGCGUUCCUUGAAGUUGAUAUUGGAGAACUACUUUUUGAUGGUUAUAAAGAUCCCUUUCUUGAUAAGAUUUGCGAGAUUCCAUUUAUGAAUUUUGUUUGCGAAUCAAUCUUGGAUGUUCCUGAAAGGAUUGGGCUGCUAUAUGGAACAAAUGGAACCGCUGAUGGCACUUAUGAAAUUCGGGACGGGACGGAGAAUACCGAAGACUUGGCGAAAGUUGUAGAUGAAACUUGGUGGAGUGAUGAAGAAGCUCGCCGAAUUCGCGGAACCGAAGGCAGCCUUUUUCCACCGUUUAUCAAAAAAGACCAAAAGCUUUACGUAUUCAUAACACAGCUUUGUAGAUCGGUAUACCUGGUUUUCAAGGAGAAAGUGCUCUACCGAGGAAUUUACGCUUAUCGCUUUGUUUUACCGGGAGAUGUCCUUGAUCAAUCGCUUGAUGAAAAUAAAGGCUUUUGCAAUCCUACUGAUAAGGUCUUCUUCAACGAACAAAAUGAGACUGGUUGUUGGCCACGAGGUUUAUUGGAAAUUAGCCAUUGUCAACGAGGUAAUCCUCCAAUUGUCAUCUCUUUGCCGAAUUUUCAUUUGGCGACAAAAGAAGUAAAAGAGAGUGUCCGCGGAUUGAACGAGAGCAACCCUGAAACGGAUGAAAUUCUUGUAGAUAUUGAACCGCAUCUUGGAGCAGUUCUACAUGCCCGUCGAGUUUUUCAAGUCAAUAUCGAAAUGUGGAAGGGUGAAAAUCUGGCUUUUCCGGUCAAUUUGAAGAAAAUGCGCUCAGGAGUUGUGCCUGUCAUAACUGUGCGAGAGGUAGCUCACAUCGACGAUGACAGUUAUUUUACCAUCAGAAAAGAACUAUUGGAAGCGAAAGAGCUUGCUCACACGGUUUCGGCGCUCAUCAUAGUUGCAGCCUGCUUAAUGUUGCUGGCUUCGAUUGGCUACAUAAUUUGGAAGUCUGCCUUCGUUCAAGAGUUGCUGAGAAGACGACGUCAAGAGAAUGUCGUUGUUCCUUUACCCAAUUAUCGACCAAACAAGGAUUACCCAACGGAAUCAUAUAUU